AGAUCACACGAGUGAGACCACCUCACUCACCACAUAUCUUAAGCGAAUUAACGAAUGCCAGGAUACAACGAUAUUUUGUAAGAGACAAGACUCUCGUAGAGACGCUAAGCAUAGGGUUCAUUAGAUCAGUGUUUAGGAUGUUGUCAUUAAGUUGUUUAUUAGGCUUAAGGUAACGAGAAAGCUUUAGUAAAUAAGUACACCAGGUAUAAACAUAGGAAACUAUUUAUUGCUCUAUGAGAGAGCUUAAUACACGUGCGAUCAGAUUAUUUUAAUGUAUCUGCACAAAAGUACUAGAGAAAUUAAAUAUGAAAUUGAGAUAAUGUUGCGCUUCAUAUAUAAUAUGGUGAUUAUAUUUAUAUUAAUUUUCAAAACUACAUUUGUGAUGUGUAUAGUGCGGGUAAUUAAAGAUUCAUAUGUAUCGUGAAAUAAGGCGAUAAUUCUCAAUGUAAUUGCGAGCACGGGUGGAGUAACAGCCACAUAUAUGAUGUACAAAAAGGGAUACAUUUAGUCCAAAUUUUCUUGUGAGCAAUUAUAUUGUCAGCCAUGAAAAAGCCAUGAUUAGCGAAUAAAAGUGAAAAUGGCUGAGCUAACAAGUGCUUAUGUGUGUUAAGAAGCGUCAAUAAGGUUUUUCUGCAAAAAAAAACCCAUAUCUGCCAUCGAUGUUGUGGAAGACACAGCAUUGCUUAAAAAUGUCAUUUCACAAGUGCCCUGUGCAGUGUAUCGCGUUUAUCUUUGCAGUGUAAUAAUUAUGCUGCCAAAAAAAAAAAAAAUGCAGGAGAGUGUGUGCCGUGUGUGUAAUUUGAAAUAUCGAGUUCUAGUUAACGAGGAUGAAAUGAAAAGCAGCGUUUAUAUGAUGGCGCUGAUUUUACGGCUCAGAGGAAUAAUAAGAGUGGAUCCGUGUCACCAUUUGGCCUACAAAAUACUGCACCUGGGGUGCGUGAAAUUUAUAUCUCGGUGAAUUAGAGAUAAUGCAAUUAACUGUAUUCUUAAAUCAAUUGUCCUACAUAUUCUUACUAUGAAUGCAACUUGUGCAUGCAUUUAUACCUACAUCAUAAUGUCCUGGUAUCAAAUACAAAUUUCAAAAGUACAUACCUGUGGGUUAAGCCCGGCCAGCGUCUCGUUACGCCAACAUCUGUGUCUGCAACAAGUACAUGCUUGAUUCAUACGGAAGAAAAGUAACAUCCACUCUUGGUCUUGGAAGUACAGAGAAUCACACAAAUGGCACGUCGCAACGACUCCAAAAAUCAAAGUGAGCUAGCUUCAUUGAGAGAAUCCGAAAACAAAUACAGACAACAAUAUAUAGAAGCAUCUCACAGGGAGAAGAUCUUAGUGAGGAGGCUUGCCUCUAAAGAGCAGGAAUUACAAGAAUAUAUUAAUCAAAUAACUGAAAUGAAAGCCACCCAAGCUCCGUCCACAGCUGCAUUAAGAUCCGCUCUAUUAGAUCCAGCUGUUAAUAUAUUAAUACAGAAAUUAAGGCAAGAGUUAAUAACAACCAAGGGCAAAUUAGAGGAUACGCAGAAUGAACUAAGCGCAUGGAAAUUCACGCCGGAUAGUAACACAGGGAAAAGAUUAAUGGCAAAGUGUAGGUUGUUAUAUCAAGAAAAUGAAGAACUUGGUCGUAUGAUUGCCAGUGGACGUAUUGCUAAAUUGGAAGGCGAACUUGCUCUGCAAAAGAGUUUUAGUGAGGAAGUGAAAAAGUCACAAUCAGAAUUAGAUGAGUUUCUGCAGGAUUUAGAUGAAGACGUAGAGGGUAUGCAGAGCACUAUUUACUUUUUGCAACAAGAACUGCGCAAAGCACGAGAGUCCGUCACGCUAUUGCAACAGGAAAAUGCAGCAUUAAAGGCAAGUACAAACGAGAAUAAUCUAUCGAAUGGUUUAUCGCCCCAUACGCCGCCAAUUAAGAAAGAGGAACAGGAAGAAACUACAGUACCAGAUACGAAAUCUUCAAAACCGAUGGAGGACAGUGAUAUGUGCAAAGGUGUGAGGACUCCACCGUUAGCGUCGCCCCAGAGUGAGCUUACCAGUGUUGAAAGGACAGAACGUGCGGAGAGAAAACUUAAUCAAGCCGAUCACAAUGACGAGAGUUCCAGCGAUUCCGCGGCGUUAAUUAUUAAGGUUGAGAACGAGGAACUUAGUGAUAGGGAAGAAGAGCAGGAGGAAAAUCGAAACAAACGAAUAUUAAGAAAUAAAAAUCACAAUAGGAAUAGUGGUAAAUCAAAUGGGGAGGAGGUGACAACACGAACAACACGGGGUAGGGACAGGAUAAAGAGAGAGAAAAGUGCAGCCAGUAGUGAUGAUGAAAGGACGCACAAGAAGAAACGAAGGGAAAGCAUUCUUUCUCUCGAUUAUAACGAAGCCGAUGAUGAUGCGUUAGUUUUAACUAAUGGCGAGACUCUGCAGAGUGAUCCCGAAUGAAUAUUGUUUUAGGUUGAUUUUGGACAACAUUAACUACACGUGUGGUUGAAAUUUGCGAUAUAUGAUUUGACAUCCACUAUGUACAAAAUUUUUCAUCUAAAGCAACGCCGGUUGCCUAUUUACAAGAUAUUGUUCGAAUAAAAAAAAUAAUUAGCCAUAAAGAAACGUAAUUUCAGUACCUGUAUUCGUGAUAAACUGCAAAGGAUAAAUAUUCACAUUGGUCUCUAAAAUGACAAGCCUGUAAAUACUCUUAUACCAUUAGAUCGAUAUAAAGCUCGUUUACGUAAAGUUACUUGCAAAUGACCAAGUUGCGUAUUACAUUACAAAGAUAUAUCAGACGAAAAAUCUGAAUAGGUUAAUAUAAUUUAUUACAGUCGAAUACGCUGUAAGGAAAAUUCAGAACAAUCGAAUUUUGUUUGUAUUUUGUAAAUUUAUUGUAUUAAAACUCUAUGUAAAAAUCAGCAAAAGUUUUGGUUUAUCAGUAAAAAACGGAUAAUCGAAAGAUAUUGUCAAGAAUUAAUCAAAAACGCCUAACCAUAUUACGUAAAUAAAUCAAGUAAAUUUUAAUAUUUUCGGGUAUAGAAAGCGAACUGUGAGAUUUUCGUAUAAUUAUGUACAUACGUAACGGUGUCCGAUGUACAUAUGUAUUUUUGUGCAAUAUGAGGCAUCGACCGCGAUUUAAUUUUGCUUUUACCGAAUAAUUGGAAAACAUCAAGUAUAUGACAAAAUAUAUAAUAUUAGUCUUAAUAAUGCAUAUGGAUUGAUCUCACAGACUGAUACAUUAAACUAAUCACAUUUUUAA